GUUCGCUUUUAAGGGAAAGGGCAAGGGCAAAGGGAAGCGCAGCCCACAGCUGAACGUUGCCUUGACCUUGGUUUUUGUACAACAAUUCAGCUUUCCGGCCACGGAUCCAGCCAAGAAGCUUUGGAUUGGAAACAUUCCAGAGGAAGCAAACUGGAAGGAUUUGCAGGCGUUGGUUGACAAGGCGGGAAAAAGCCGAUGGGUGGAGAUCUUCCGUGGCAAAGGCAAAGGUACGGGUGCUGUGGUGUACAACACUGCAGACGAAGCGCAAGCUGCAAAGGCCACUUUGAAUGGUGCGGACCUUUGCGGCUCAUCCAUCGUGGUUGAUUCCUGGGAGAAAGGCCCGAAGCUGCAUGGUCCAAGUGGUCCAAGUGGUCCAAGUGGUCCAAGUGGUCCAAGUGAUGGUGACUUUGGACAUCGCUACCAGUGUUUUUUCGCUGAUGAACUCUGCAGGUGA